UCGUUCGGGGUUCGGUACGCAACUCAAUUACAAAUCACGUACAAUAAAAAUAUAAAAACGACAUAGAAUAAAAAAAGGAAGAAAAAUAGAAGAAAAUAAUCGUUCACACAAAUAUUCGCAUCUCGUUGUUAGAUCUGCUGCUACCCCUUCGGUUCCUCCAUUAAUUCAAUCCUCUUCGAUCUCGAGCUUCAAUCCGUCGUCGCAGAUUGUGAAUUGAAUGGAAGGAACUGGAGGCAGCAGUGCCUCUGCUGCUACUGCUGCACCCGUGAACCAAUGGUGGCAGGAAUUUUCGAAGCUAUUUCAAUAUUAUUUGGAUAAAUCUACGCCGCACUCAACUUAUAGAUGGAUUGGGACUGUUGUUAUUGCUUCUAUAUACGUUUUAAGGGUUUUUUAUAUUCAAGGAUUUUACAUUGUGUCUUAUGGACUGGGAAUCUACAUGCUGAAUCUGUUGAUUGGGUUUCUCUCACCUUUGGUUGAUCCUGAGCUGGAGCCUUCGGAUGGACCUUUGCUACCAACGAAAGGUUCUGACGAGUUCAAGCCGUUCAUUCGCCGGCUUCCUGAGUUUAAGUUCUGGUAUUCUUUCACAAAGGCUUUCUGCAUAGCAUUCUUGAUGACUUUCUUCUCUGUAUUUGAUGUUCCUGUCUUCUGGCCAAUAUUACUCUGUUACUGGGUUGUUCUGUUUGUCCUUACAAUGAGGCGCCAAAUCGCACACAUGAUCAAAUACAGAUAUAUUCCAUUCAGCUUGGGGAAACAGAAGUAUGGUGGCAAGAAAUCUUAUCCAAGUAGCAGUGGCUCUCGUGCAGACUGAAGCUUCGCUGUGUCAUGAUUUGAAGAACACAGAUCUCAAAGUUAGGUUUUGUGGGCAUUCGGGGUACUUGUUUUUUCCCUUUUAUUUGAAGGAAUUUGUAGUCAGAGUAUUAAGGAUGCCAAUAUGCAGUUACAGAAAAUAUUGGUUUUAUGGUUUUAUGAUAUACCAGAAGACAUGCUAAUGCUGGUAGUGAACUUCAUUGUUGAUAUACGUCAGUAUUUGAUUCAGUCUUAGAUUUGUCGCAAGUCUUGUAUUGCGAUUGUACUAUCGUGAUCUCAGGACAAACUUCACACAGAACCUUGAUUUUUCUCAUGUUCAGGACAUGACUAUUGCCUUUGAAGUUUCUGCAUCUUUAAUUGUUAGGAUAUUACAUUGACUAA